GGAGGCAUCAUGAGCCAGAGAGUUCUGGGAGAAGCUUUGGUUACCAGCAUGCUCCCCAGGGGGCUGGAGGAAGCGCUCCCCGCCGUGCAAGGCGUGCUGCUUGUGCUGCUCUCGCUGCUGGCCGCUCUCCACGUGGCCAAGCUUGUGGUGCAGGAGCAGCUGCGCCGCAGGAGACUGGAGCCUCCGGGGCCUUUCCCGUGGCCGCUGCUGGGCAACGCCGCUCAGCUGGGCAGCGCCCCGCAUUUGGCCUUCGGGCGCCUGGCUGCCACCUACGGCGACGUCUUCCGGCUGCGUCUGGGCCGCUGGCCCGUGGUGGUCUUGAGCGGCGAGCGCGCCAUCCGCCAGGCCCUCAUCCGCCAGGGCGCCGCUUUCGCCGGCCGGCCGCGCUUCCCCUCCUUCCAGCUGGUGUCCGGCGGGCGCAGCUUGGCCUUCGGCGGCUACUGCGACCUCUGGAAGCUGCAGCGGCGCUUGGCGCACUCGACGGUGCGGGCCUUCUCAGCGCGCCGCCUGGUGGAGCGGCCCCUGCUGGCCGAGGCGCGCGCCGUGGUGCGGCUCCUGGUGCGCGCCUCGGCUGACGGCGCCUUUGUGGACCCGUCGAGGAGCCUGGUGGUGGCCGUGGCCAACGUCAUGAGCGCCCUCUGCUUCGGCCGCCGCUACAGCCACGCCGACGCCGAGUUCUGCCGCCUGGUGGGCAGGAACGAGCAGUUCGGGCGCGCCGUGGGAGCGGGCAGCCUGGUCGACGCGCUGCCCUGGCUGCAGCGCUUCCCCAACCCGGUGCGCUCUGCUUAUAGCGCUUUCCGCGCCCUCAAUCACGAGUUCUACAGCUUCGUGCGCCACAAGUUCGUGGAGCACCAGAGCAGCCUCCGACCGGGCGAUGCCCUUCGCGACCUCAUGGACGCCUUCAUCCGCCUUCAGCAGGAGCAGCCUCGUCUGCAGGUGGAGCACGUGCCGGCCACCGUCACAGACAUCUUCGGCGCCAGCCAGGACACGCUCUCCACCGCCCUGCAGUGGCUCCUCAUCUUCCUUAGCAGGUAUCCUGAGGUGCAGUCUAAACUGCAAGAAGAAAUAGACAGAGUGGUUGGCAGGGGCCGCUUGCCAUGUGCUGAGGACCAGCCUCAUUUGCCUUACGUCAUGGCAUUCCUUUACGAAUCCAUGCGUUUCAGCAGCUUUGUGCCAGUUACCAUUCCACACUCCACCACAGUAGACACCACCUUGAUGGGCUACCACAUCCCCAAAAACACAGUGGUCUUUGUCAAUCAGUGGUCAGUGAAUCAUGACCCAGUGAAAUGGCCUGCUCCAGAAGAUUUCAAUCCAGCAAGGUUCCUGGAUGAGAAUGGAUCCCUUAACAAAGACCUCACUAGCAGUGUGAUGAUUUUUUCUGUGGGCAAACGUAGGUGCAUCGGAGAAGAGUUAUCCAAAGUGCAGCUCUUUCUUUUCAUUGCCAUAUUGGUGCACCAGUGCCAUUUCACUGCCAAUCCAAAGGAAGACUCUCCAAUGGAUUUCACCUAUGGCUUGACUAUUAAACCUAAGCCAUUUACAGUGAAUGUUGUGCUUCGGGGAACUAUGGAUUUGCUGGAUAAUGCUAUACAGUGACUGUAGGCAGAAAAAGACUGUGAACUUCGUCUUUAUGCUCGAGUAAGGAUUUUGUUCCAUCCCUUCUCUUUAUAUUUAAGUGGAAUGCAUUGGAGUAACAUGUAUUCUAGCAUGACAUGAAGUAAAACAAUACAUUAUUUUUAAAAUAAUCUAAAUUUAGUUAGUCACUUUAUAUAUUCAUUAACAUGCCAGAAGCAUUAAAUACAUUCUGUAAAGGAAAUGUUUACAUCUUUAUCUGCCUUUGUAGGUUCUACUUCUUAUAGUAGAAAAUGUUGUUUAACAUCACCUCUACCUGCAUAGUACAAAUGUCCUGUUUUGAGAUUGUGACUUUGAAUGACAAUUGUAUUCUGGUGCCAUUAGUUAUCAGAUCUAUCCCCAUUAGAAUUACAAAUUGUUAUUCUGAAGUUUUUUUUUUAAAAUGACUCAUUAGAAAAUGUAAUACCCUUUUCUUUAUACAAGCAGCAAGCAUUAUGCGUUGCAUGUCUAUUGUGUAUCUUGAUUCAUUAAAAUGUGUGCAUGUUGUCGGCUGUUGCUCUCAAAUACCUGAGACACCAUAAUAUUUUUAAUUGGAAUAUCAGUAAAAAAAAACUGGCAAUGGACUGAAGUAGCUACUGUUGGUUGAGAACUCUGUCGGUGUUGCCCAUUGAUACAUCCAGAUUAAGGUUGGUUCUUUAUUAAUUCAUCAGUUAAGGUUGGUUCAGUUAUACUAAGAAAUUGAAAGUAUUUGUAAAUAAUACUGAGCCAGUUAGGGAGUGGGGUGGCACAAUGCCACUCUGCAGUUACUCAGAAUAGGGAAUACUGUCCUCCACUCUUUCCAAAUGCAGUACUGUAAAGUUUAUCAUGGCAAUCUGGCAAGUGACUGAGAACUCCUACUAUUACAGGAUUAUUAUCUUAUUUUUGGCUGUAGUGUUCUCUAAUUUUCACCAACACUCUAGGCCCUGCUGAUUUCAAAAGUCACAAUUCUGCAAAUAGAAAUCUGGUUACUGAAUUUGUAAUGCAUAAUACAGUUCUAUAGUGGAAUGGAACAUCAUGAUUUCUAAUAUGUUCCUUUUAAGAAAUUCAGAAGGAUCUAUUCAUAAAGCAGCAAUAAACCUAUGUGGAUUUCAAAUAUUCAUCUCUUUAUGCAGAGAAUUACAAACAAAAUUAAAUGCAAAGUAGAAAAAAGAUUGAAAGUGAGUGUCCUCAAAUAAUUUUAUAGAUUGUAAAAAUAAAACCACUGAUAUCCUAGAACAUAGCCUACACUUGUGAACAGCUUUGAUUUAUAUAAAAUGUUUUCAUACUAAGGUCUAAUUUAAGUCUGUCAUUAAGCUAGUAUCAAUUUUUCCCAUUGUACUUAUGUAAAGAUGAUGUAUGUUAUAUUAUAAAGAAUGUAAUGUUUAACAGAAUAGUCCCCAUAGUGCAUUAAUAAUAAUAAGUUUAUUAUAACAAAUUCUUUUUUAAAAAAAACUUUUAAUAAAUUCUUUAAAAUAUAUCGGGCAGGUACCAUGACAUUUGUAAAUGUCCUACAAACAGAAUUGCACAGAUAACUGUUGAGUUUGAAUGUGGUGCAGCAGAAUUCUUUACAUACUCAUUGUCAGUUUGUUAGAUGCUCCAUUAGACCUUCUCCCUUGUUGUAGCACAGAUGAUUGUAUUUUUCAAAUAUUAAAUAAAAUUAUUCUGUUGUGUUUGUA